AUGACGAGGAUUCCCGAGGCGAACUAUAUCGCCGACCCCGAUGGGGAUUUAUUGAUACUGCUCGGUCCAACAACACCACCAAUCUCCCAAACGGGAGAAUCGACUUUACACGAGCGAAACUCAACCUGGGAUUAUGAUUCCCGAGUCCUAGUAUCUUCGAAGCGCAUGUCGCUGGCUUCUCCAGUCUUUAAGAUAAUGUUAGAGGGAUCUUUCAAGGAGAGUCUCGAGUUAAAGACUUUGGGAAGACUUACCCUUCCACUUCCGGAGGAUGAUCCAGUCGCAAUGCGAAUAUUGAUUGACGUUAUUCAUGGGCAUAGCAAAUAUAUUCCAAAAGUAGUUCACAUACAUGCUUUCGCAAGAUUUGCCAUCCUAGCGGAUUACUAUCAGUGCUCUGCAGUGGCAGAAGCAUGUGUUAAUCUCUGGAAGCAAAAGAUUGUAGAGCUAUCCUUGUGGAAGCGCAGCGAGACCCGUCUUGCGUGCUGGAUUUUCAUUACUUGGGUGUUCAAUCUAUCCGUAGAAUUCAAAGAUGCAACCGCUAGGAUUGUAAAAGGAUUACCAUACGGACUGGGUGAGAUCUUAGCCAGGAAUCAGCUGGAAUUACCGAUUCCGACAACAGUCAUAAGUAAGAUUACACGUAAUUAAUAUGAGAGUGUUUUAUCUACUAAUAGACCGUAGGAAAGGUAGACGAAUACCGUCAAGCGGCUUUAAAGGGGUUUAAAAAAAUUCUGGUGGUCGCAUUAUCACGGUUUCGAGGAGGAAGAAUUUUAUACGAUGUAGGUAGACGUAUGAUAUUCAUCCCGGAUUUAACUCAUGCUCGCGUUAUGGCAUAUGACGACGCAAAGGCAUGUGACGAUGAAGAGGCAUGUUACGACGCAAAGGCAUGUGACGCGGAGAUUAUCGAGUAUUUUACGAAAGCUCUCUCCAAACAUUCUCUAUUUCCACUUCCACAGGGCCCAGAAGACUACAAGGGUUGGGUUUUUGACGAACUCAUAGGGAGAGUGUGGUCUGUAAAAGUCAAUGGUGGUAGCAACGUAGGGAUCCGAGGUCACCAACAAAAAGUUCUUGAUAUUACCCUAGCAAGAAUCAAAUUCUCGAUAGACCAUCUAUACAGCAAGACAUUCGGCGUGGAUGUGGCGAGCCUGAAGGCACAUUUCAAUGUCCGAGGAGCUGCCAGAGCUUGA